GGAGAAAGUAAACUGCGACACACGUUAUCGUCAAAGUUCAUCAUCAUAUACAACACGGAUGCUAAAAUGUUAUUAAUAUUUUAUUAUGAUAUGUAAUUCUUUGGAGCAUUAUAUGUGAAACAGUUGUGUUUUUGAAAAUGUUACAUGUACAUUUUUGGAAGAAACGUAAAAAAUAGGGGAAAAAAUAACUGCGCCACACCGGUGUUGUGAAAUAUUAUCGGGGUCUAGGUGCGUCUCAAUCAGAUUCAGCUCCCUACUAGUUCAGUAGUCAGCACUGAUCAGGGAGUCAGCCAUUAGGUGACUGACCGGCGCGAAAAGUUUCCUGUACUGUGUCACUGUUAAAACGACUGAAAAUAUUAACUCGCGCUCCUCGGUUACCGUUUGCUAGAUGUGUAGUAAGGAUACGCUUAACAAGCCAAUAUACCCUAGCGUUUAAGUAGCUUCUUUUUGUUAUGUUUCUAUUUUACCUAACGUUAGAGAGUCAGUAAAGCUUAUCGUUUUUAAAAAUUACCGAAAAGUAUGGUAUCAUAAUAUUAUUAUACACUCCUAAAAUUCAAUAAAUACAUGUUUUUUUAAAAAAAAUUAUAAACUCCUGUGGUGAAGGCAGCAGUACUUUCCUAGUUUAUAGAAUCACUUCUAUUCUUGAAUUUCUUGUGUCAUAUGUUAAAUAUUUACAAAAUUGCAAUAUGUGUGUUUAAAUGAAAGUGUCAUAUGUCAUGACUUCUCAUUUGUGAAUGGAACUUUAACACAGAAUCAAUAUUUUGAAGAGCACCCAUUAUAGUAAGACCUGCUUAAAGUAAGGGAGGGCUAAAUUUGGUUUGUGAAAGAUUUCUAAUAAAUAUCUAUCAGUAGUCUUUAAGUAGUCUUACUUUUUGACUAUUUCUACUUCUUGUGCUUCCUAAGCUACACUUAGCCUAUAUAUUAAUUGAUGCUCUUCAAAAUAUGUGAAUAGCGCAGAACUCAGCAAUAUUUCAGUCCCCCAAACCUUUAAAGUGGUGGUUCACUAAAAUGAAAUGUUAGGGUAUGAAAUGUUUUAGGGUCAAUUUCUGAGAAGGUAUUGGGGAUACCUAGUGUGCCUACAGUUCAUGAUUAAAGCCUUGAAGGUUUGUUUUUUAUGGGGGAAAGAAGGUGUUUCUUUUAUUUUUAUUAUUAAAUAACUGCGAUUUCUUUUACAGUUUUGUGCAUCCCAAACAGCAGGUAGCGCUGUAUCACUAAUCAUUUGUUCAGACCAGUCUAUGCUUUGUUUAGGGGGAGGAGGGAAAGUUCGAAUCAUGAGGAAGGGGAUUAUUCCGAAUCCGAAAUAUGCAUGAGCUUUCUUUGAUUUAAUAAAGUACACAUGAAACGUUAGGCAGUCUGUUGACUGCCUAUAUUUCGAGUCUUUGACAUGUCUACUAUUCCCUGUUUAGUUGAUAUAUGGAGUGAGGAGAAUAACAACAUAAUAUUGACUUGGAAGCAAAACGAAGUAAACCUUGAGCCAAAUCAAGAUGUUCGGAAGCGAUGCUGUUCAGAAAGCCUUAAACUGCUUCAGAAAAUUCAAGGAAUACCAGCAGCUACUGAACGACUCAAACUUGAAAUGACAGUUUCAUAUAAUACGUUUUUAUUCUCGUUGGGUUUCUCCAACCCCAGUGAGGUUGAGGAGAGUCUCAUCCACACAUUAUUAAGAGCUUUAGAGGCUGCAGGAUCUCAGGUGUCCAGAACUGAUCCAGUGAAGUUGUGGGAGGCUGUUCUUCAGACUUUUGGCAUCUCAGGCAUCGUGCCGCAUGUCUACAAGCUUCUGCUGAUUCAGUGGAUGCUGUGGCUCAUGCACUGUCAGUUAGAGAGAAUUCUUACUCUUCUGACACAGAGUAACCACAAGAGAGAGCAUUCAGCGCCUUUGAAUCUACUGACAGAAACACGAAACCUUGCUUUGAGCUUGGAAGAAGACUCCUCACUAAUGGUUGCCAUGCCAGCAAAGGACCUCAAGGAUCUUUUGCACAUCUGCACUGUGAUAUGUCAAGGGGUGGAACAGAUGAAGAUGGAGAAAUAUUCAGAGGCUCUUGAGGCUUUUCAGGAGGCUAAAGGCCUCCCAAGUCCCAGAAGUCUCUUGGCACAGAUCCACACUCUUACAGGCCAGUGUUUUACUAAGCUGGGUCAGCCCCAUUGUGCUCUCCACUUUUAUCGGAAGGCUGUGGAGGUGGAUUAUGCUUGCCAUAGUGCACUUUAUCAAAGUGCUCUGGUGUUCAGGCAUCUUGGUAAUUCAAAGGCAGAAAUUGAGGCCCUGCAUCUUCUUUACUCAGCAGUCCAGCUGCAGGCUGAUAAAAGUUCAUCUAGUGCUUCACUGGUCUCUCCAGAUACACUGCUUGGUGGUGAACAGAUGACCUUCAUUUGCAGAGUCCCUUCCUCCUCUCUGAUUCUGCACACUUUGGCUCACACAUGUGUGCUCAAUGGCAGUAUUUCAGAUGGUGUUGAUCACUAUCUUGAUCUGUUGGCGUCACUGCAGUCUGAUGGCAAAGAUCUCGUAUCCACAGGGGAUGGCACUUCUUUUCCCAGAAUCCCAGUGGUCUACCUUGAAGCAGGAUUUGCUUUGUUGAAAGCUCAAAGGUAUAGUGAUGCUCUUGUGGUAUGCGAGGAGGUCAUCACUAGCACUUCAGACUUCAUUCCCAAGAGGCUGCUACUUAAUGCUGUUGAAAAACAAAAAUCUGAUUCCGAUGUCGUACUUGGAAAUGUGGACUUUGUGUUAUGGGCUGGUGCGGCCCAUCUCCUUCAAGCACGAGCCCACUGGAAACUGAAGGACACCAAAGAGGCUAUUACAAACUUCACAAGAGCAAUUAAUCAGCUGGUGAAAGUGUUUAUUAAACAGACUGACUGGAAACAAAAAUGUCUUGGAAACACUGAAGCAAUGGUUGAAAGAAUGGCGACUUUGGAAGCAGCAAAAGGACAAGCACUAGCUGGUCGAGGGUGCUGCUUUUUGGAAAGGGGUCAAUUGAAGGAGGCCCUGAGAGAUCUUCAUCUCAGUCUUCAGAUGACACCAGGUUGUAAGAAUACUAAAAUGUGGCUAACCGAGGUCUUGUGGAGGCUUGAUCGUAGAGAGGAAGCAUCAGCUAACUGGAGAGAAGCCCAGACGACUUCAGAUACAACUAAGUCAAUAAACCUACCGCUGUAUUUGCAGGCGUGGCCAGAGGACACGGCUUUUGACUUCACUGACUUGAAGAAGAAAAUGGGCGAAUACCUUCAUGCCAAAAAUGUAAUGACAUAAGACGAGGAUGCUCUCUAUUAUAAAUUGCACCAUGCCAUCUUUUUUUGGUGCAUAACUACAUGCAAAAAAGACUGUUUUAAUUGUGUUGUCUAAUUUACUGUUGUCAGAUGUAACCAUAUAGCAUUAUAAUACUACUGUACUGUACUACUGUAGUUGAAGUUAACAAAAUUAAAGAGCUGUGCUAAUCAGAGGGCAGGAUUUCAUGCUACAA